AUGAAGCUCAACCCUUGCGCCUUGACGGUUGCGGCAGCAUUGGCCACGCCAGUUCUUGCCGCGAUGCGCCAUCCCACCGUUCUCAAAGCCAGUCUGACGCCCAGUGUCGGGUUCAUUAUUGAGCUGAAAUACAAUGAGUUUAUCAAUAGUCGCAGUGUUGACGAAGACACACACUCAAUCUUUCAUCGCCGAGCCGAAGACCUUUUGGACUAUUCUGUACGCCACGAGUUCAAAAACCCCGAGUACUUUUACGGCUUGUCAAUCGAUGCGAACAACGACACAGAUGUCAACAUUCUGCUAGCCCUGCCUCAGGUGAAGAAAGUAUGGCCAAAUAGGUACUAUGACCGUCCUAUGCCUGUUGGUUCCGGCCGAGCCUCAAAAUCGCCCAGCCUUCCUGACCCACUUGGAGUCGAGCCGAUACAGCUAAUAGAGGCAGCGCAAGUCGUCACCAUCAAUGGUACUAGUGAUGUGCAUUCUAGCCUGAAAAUGACCGGCGCCGAUCAGGUUCACGCCUUGGGCUUGACCGGAAAGGGCGUCAAAAUCGGCUUCCUGGACACUGGCGUCGACUGGCGCCAUCCCGCCCUUGGUGGUGGGUUCGGAGAAGGCUUCAAAGUUGCAGGGGGCUACGAUCUGGUUGGCGACGCCUUCGAAGGCUGGAAUGACCCAGUUCCAGAUAAUGAUCCGCUUACAACCUGUCUCGAAGGUGGUCAUGGGACUCAUGUUGCAGGCAUUCUCGCCGCGCGAGACCCUGCGGGUGUUGGCUUUGGCAUCGUGGGAAUUGCCCCCGACGCUUCGCUGUACGCCUAUCGAGUACUCGGAUGUACUGGAGGUGUAACUGAUGACAUCCUCAUGCAAGGGCUUGAGAGAGCUGCCAGUGAUGGUGUUGACCUCAUCAGCAUGUCUAUCGGCGAGACAGCUAUUUGGGAAACAGGGUCACCAUACACCCCAAUCCUUGCUAAAAUUCAGUCGCAAGGGAUUGCUACCAUAAUUGCUGCUGGAAAUGAGGGCGAUUCAGGGCUUUACGUAUCUUCGGCGCCAGCACAAGAUUCGAGUGCCAUCUCUGUUGGCUCUGUCAGUAAUUCACACUUCCCUACAGUUUACAAUGCCGCUGGGUCUGAUGGCUCAAUUAUCGAGUACGGCCGUGUGGUCCCCCUAAGCUCUUUAACACACCUCAAUGUUUUCAUCGCAGACGAUGAUAACGGUGAAUGUGUGGACCAGGCCUGGGCCGACGCUAUCACCAGCUUUCCUAAAAAGGAAAACGUAGUCGCCUUGGUCACCGGAAGCAGCGAUUGUUUUUACAGUAUUAUGGACGAACGGAGUGUUUCCUUCGGCUUCAAGAAUGUAUGGUCAUGGUUUCCCGACACCGGCGACAUGGAAAUUGAUGAGCCAGGUUACUAUGGGGACAUUGACACCGUCAAGUUGAAGAAGUCUGAGGCGGACAAGAUCCUGGCAGGGAUUGCCGAGCAAGGCAAAAACUUCACCCUAAGCUUCGAGGACCAAACCGUACACCAGAUUGAUCAGCCCACUGGCAGUACUACCUCAUGGUUCUCGACCUUUGGCCCGACUAUGGAGAUGUCUCUGAAGCCUCAGGUAUCAGCACCUGGAGGCACAAUCCUCAGUACAUGGGUUACUUCCAAUGGAUGGGGAUAUGCUGUCAUUUCUGGCACAUCCAUGGCCACUCCCCACCUUGCUGGAUGCUACGCCCUUCUGAAGCAAAAGUUCCCCAAUCUUGGCCCCCAAGAAAUUGCAAGACGAUUACAGUCGUCGGCAAAGCCUUUGAAACAGUACGAAGGCGGCGACAUACUUACAACAACGGCGCAACAAGGUUCUGGUAUGGUCAACGUCUCGAGGGCAGUCACAUCCGACACCCUUUUCUCUGCAACUGAAUUCAACCUCCGAGACGCUGCUAUACCUGUUGAACAGAACUUUAGCAUUGAGAACCAGUCGUCUUCGCCCAAAACUUACACGCUGGGACAUCAACCAGCUGCAGAAGUUGAUGCGCUGCCUCAAGUCAAGAGUCGAGAUGUCAACGAAAUGUUCUACUGGUCAUUAAAUUACAAUGCCAUUUAUGCCAACGUGUCGUUUUCCGCGGAGUCAAUCACCGUACCCGCUGGCGGCAAAGCGACGGUUACUUUCUCUGUUGCCCCUCCUUUUGUUGACCCUGCUCUCUUGCCCACCUACAGCGGCUUCAUCACAGUUACCGAUGGCGACGACAAGUUUUCCAUCCCUUAUCUUGGAAUUCCAUACUCCCGUAGCGAGUACUCCAACAUCUAUGUAGGGGACGUCAGUAACCUCGAUACCGCGCUGCAGCCUCCAUCAGGCAUACCGACAAUGCCAUUUAUCAGUUCUUCUGAUACUGGCGUCCGCGACAACGAUAGAGCUGUAUUCACCUUCCCAGCCAAAAGGGCUGCGGCAAAUCAGACACAAAUCUCGGACAACGACCCAGUCAUUACCAUUUUCAUAGACCAACCAUCACAAUAUGUUCGUCUUGAUGCAGUGCCUGUCGAUCUCGCCUCCAACGCUGAUUAUAAUUUUACGCCCUCAUCAUUUGGGUACCUUUCAGGGAUCCAAUCAAAUGCGACUAGCUACUAUAACACAACGAUCAUCCGUCCAUCUUUGGACCUUGACUCGCUAGACCAUUUUGCAGGUGUCAAAAGCUACGGUCUCGUUGGCUCGUUCUACGGUGGCGACAUGCCUCAGGGAGUCACUUCGAUCAACUUCCGAGGUUACAGUGUUUACAGCACAGAGUGGACGUGGGGCGUCGUGGAAUUGACCAACGGCACGAUCUAUCAGCUGCCAAAUGCUGAUUAUCGUGUGUUGGUUCGUGCGCUCAGAUGGGGAGGAGAUUUAAACAAAGCAGAUGACUACGACAGCUGGCUUAGCCCAAUCAUUGGUGUCAACAUCACGGAUCCCGGCUAUCCUAACCCGUGGUUUUCUUCGUAA